AGUAGGCUACUAUAAAUUAGCUUUGCAUGUUGUAGGUGGUACAAAAUGAAUACAAAAAAUAUUACGUUGAUUGUGCUUGCAUCUUUGGUAGCAGCGUUUGCUGUUUUUGCGGGGUGGUAUUUUGUCAUAUCGCCAGAAGUUACUUCAAGAGUUGCAAAAGGUGGACGGCCUAAUUUCAUUAUUUUGCUCGCUGAUGACGUGGGAUAUGCUGAUUUUCAAACUUACGGACACCCGACACAAGAAUGGACAGCAGUAGAUAGAAUGGUCGUAGAAGGAAUCAAGUUAACAAAUUUCCACAGUCCGUCCACUACAUGUUCACCCAGUAGAGCAGCAAUUUUGACAGGUCGUUAUCCUAUUCGAACCGGUGUAUUUGGCAAAGGACUUGUAUUUGCAUCAAGUUCAUCGGGAGGAUUGCGUCAUGAUGAAACAACUGUAGCCAAAGCUGUACAACACGGGGGGUAUAUCACCGGUAUGAACGGGAAAUGGCAUCUGGGUAAUAAUGAAAAGACUGCUACAGAUGGAGCGUACUUGCCCUACCAUUAUGGAUUUGAUCAUGUCGGAACCACUUUACCCUAUUCACAGAUGUGGGAAUGCGACCCCAAAAAGUACACAGUACCGCAGAUGAAGGGGUGUUUUCUAUAUCAAAAUGAUACAAUUGUGGAACAACCAAUCAACCUCAAUACUCUGACAGGUAGACUGGUAAACGAGGCAAAAGCAUUCAUCCGGGAUAACAGGGAUCAACCGUUUUUCUUUCUGCUCUCUUUUCCUCAAACUCAUUCUGCAGUAUUUGCCAGUACUGAAUUUAUUGGCAAAUCAAAGAGAGGUAUAUAUGGGGAUGCCAUUAAUGAAAUGGGCUGGGGAAUUGGAGAAGUUCUUGAUUAUUUGAUUGAACUUGGGAUUGAAAAGGACACGUUGGUAGUUUUUCUAUCGGAUCAUGGACCUCUAAAAGACGGUUGCAAGAAUGGUGGUUCCACAGGAUUUUUUCGUGGAGGGAAAACAACAACCUGGGAAGGAGGAAUUCGUGUUCCCGCAGUGGCAUGGUGGCCUGGAACUAUUCCACGAAACAGUGUCAGCGAUGCGUUACUGAGCAAUAUGGAUUUGUUUCCGACUAUUUUGAAGCUUGCAGGUGUGUCCUCGAAAUUCAAACAGUUGUCUGUUGAUGGAAAGGAUAUCAGCGGAAUUUUGAAAAGUGAAAAUGGCAAGUCUCCACAUGAAAUGCUGUUUUAUUAUCACGGGGAUUUAUUGACUGCUGUUCGUUAUGAUCGAUAUAAAAUUCACUAUCGCACGAUGUCACUUAUGAAAGACGUCAUGGAUGGGCUCAGAGAAGAUCGCUGUUUUUACGGUUCUUUUUCCAUGUUACAACAACUUUUCAGCUUCGAAAGUAGAGGAACGGAGCAUGAUCCUCCUUUGAUAUUCGAUCUUGAUGCUGAUCCAGAAGAGCUCGUUUCAUUGGAUACAACAACUCCGGAAUUAAAUAAUUUACUUGAAACAGUGAAAGAUCUAUUACAAUCCCACAAACUAUCGAUUGUGUCAGUAGAAUCAGAGAUUGAUAAGCCAGGCGUGAAGCAGUUACAUCCCUGCUGUAACCCGCCUACAUGCACAUGCAACUAUAAUGAGGAAAUAUUAAAAUAGUGGAUUAUGAGUGUUUUUUUGUCUGAACGCCUGAAAAACAUUAACAAGGUCUCACAUUUUAAUAAAUGAAG